AGUAGUUUUAUUUGACAAAUGAUAGGAGCACUCGUGUCAUCAUUUUCAUCUUCCAUAUUCUUAUCUUCUUCACUCGGCAAGUCUUCUUCUGCGCUCUCUAGAUCCUCGGUUCCUGCGUUUUCUCGCUUAUCAGUCCGAUCAAUGGCCGGUUCCGCUUUCAAGAAAAUACAAAUCCAGAGAGAUGACACUUACGAAGGAGUUUGGAGGCUUGAGACGUUCGAUGCGUAUGUGGUUGGUAAAGAUGAUGCGCCCGGGAUUGUUGUGAUUCAAGAAUGGUGGGGUAUUGAAGUUGAGAUAAAGAACCACGCUAUUAAAAUCUCACAGCUUGACCCUGGUUUCAAAGCCCUUAUACCUGACUUGUAUCGAGGAAAGGUUGGUCUUGAUGCGGCAGAGGCAAAGCAUUUAAUGGAUGGCCUUGACUGGCCAGGUGCCGUCAAAGAUAUCAGCGCUUCUGUUAACUGGCUUAAAUCUAAUGGAUCCAAAAAGGUUGGUGUGACUGGAAUGUGUAUGGGAGGUGCCUUGAUUCCAGAGGUUGAUGCUGUUGUUGGAUUCUAUGGAACUCCUUCCUCUGAGCUUGCGGAUCCAGCACAUGCCAAGGCUCCUGUUCAGGCCCAUUUUGGAGAGCUUGACCAUAUUGUUGGUUUCUCUGAUGUCACGGCAGCGAAGAAUCUCGAAGAGAAGCUGAAAGCAUCGGGAGUAGCACACGAGGUUCACAUUUACUCGGGGAACGGGCACGCGUUCUUGAACAGGAGCCCGGAAGGAGUGAGCAGAAGGAAGAGUUUGGGAGAUUCUGAUGAUGACGAAGCUGCGGUGGAGCUUGCUUGGUCUCGUUUCAACUCUUGGAUGAAACGUUACUUGGUUUGAAGCUUUCCUUUCUCAGAUAGUGUUCAUGCAAGUCAGGAAACAUUGUGUGAUGAUCAAUGUAGUCUUGAAUAAGGACAUUGCUCUUAGGACUUUCAUCUGAAUCAUGUAAUGUGGUUUGUUUGUUUGCUUGCUUGUGGGGUUUGUGUGUAUAUGUAAUAAGUUGGAAGCUUCUUUCAUAAACUCGAACUGAAAUCGAUGUGUACGUGAAAUUAAGCUUAUUUACUAUAAAGUCUGUUACUUGUUUA